GUCAAUAUGACUUUUUCAUAUCCUAAUGGACAUGCCGACAUUGGGUACAUGCCCAAUUAUGACAAAUAUCUGGCACGCGGCAAGCGCAGACAAGAAAACGAGAAGCUCGAUAAGCAGCUUCCCAAGGGCUUUCCCUCUAGUUUAUCUGGCGAUCUUGUUUGGGAUGCCAAUUCCUUAGUCAACAAGUACGACUGGAAUUACCAACUGACGGCCGAGGACCUCGAUGAGAUCAACAAUGCUCUUCGACACUUUAAGUUGUUGAACAAGCCGAUGGGUGAGCUUUCCCCAGACACGUUUCCCUUGCCCAAGUUGCAUGCGGUAUUGCGUGAAAUCUCCAACGAGGUCCAUAAUGGCCGUGGUUUCAAAGUGAUCCGCGGUCUUCCUGUAGACAGCUACACCCGCGAAGAGAAUGUUAUCAUUUACGCCGGCCUCUCGUCACAUGUUGCUCCUAUUCGUGGUCGCCAAGACAACAAAUGGCAAGGCAGACCAGCCGAUGUCCUUGUUGCUCAUGUUAAGGAUCUGAGUCAGUCAAGCAACUCUAAGGACAUCCCUGGUCCUGUGGUGACUGCCGAUAAGCAGGUGUUCCACACUGAUGCUGGCGAUGUUAUUGCUCUCUUCUGUUUGAGCGAAAGUGAAUCGGGUGGUGAGAGCUAUCUUGCAAGUACCUGCCAUGUUUAUAACGUACUUGCUGCUACGCGCCCUGAUUUGAUCAAGACGCUCUCCGAGCCUUGGCCUUUUGACGAUUUUGCUCCGGCCGGUGACCAAUACAAGCUGCGGCCCCUGCUAUACUACCAGCCUGCUACAGACGCAGACCCUGAGCGACUUAUCAUCCAAUACUCCCGAAGGAACUUGACUGGUUACAUGGACUGCAAGCGGUCGGCCAACAUUCCACCACUUACCGAAGCCCAAGCAGAGGCCCUAGAUGCCGUUCAUUUUACGGCUGAGAGGGAAGCUAUUUCGCUAGACUUUCACAAAGGCGACAUCCAGUUCGCCAAUAACUUGAGCAUUCUGCAUGCCAGAGGGGCAUUUACUGACUCCAAGCUAAUGCCAGUCUGUAGACGCCACCUUCUCCGACUUUGGCUGCGUGAUCCCGAGUAUGAAUGGACAAAAGCAUUACACCUGAAGGAGCGAUUUGAUCGGGUUUAUGCAGGUGUGACAGUUGAGAACUCAGUGUUCCCGCUGGAAGCCACCAUCCGUAGUAGCAAUGUAGCUACAUAG